GAAAAAAAAAACGCAAUGAACGUGGAGACAAAGUGCGGUUUUUGUGGAGUUGAGUCGAAGCUGAAGUGUGCCGGUUGUCAGCAGGUCUACUAUUGCAGUCCGGAGCAUCAGAAGAAACACUGGCGGGCGAAGCACAAACAGGAAUGCGCCAAACCGUUCGAGCUGGCUACGAAUGAAGAGUUUGGUCGCCACAUCUCGGUAACGAGGCCAAUCCAGAAGAAUACGGUUCUGUUUACCGAGAACCCACUGGUGAUUGGGCCCAAGUGGAACCUGGACGAGUACGAGCAACGGUCGGUGGAAGUGCCAUGUGUCGGCUGUUUUGCGGACUGUCGCCUGGGACAGUUUCAAUGCGCACAGUGCCACUGGCCGGCUUGCAAACCCGACUGCCCCGGGCUGGUCAACCCGAACCUGCACGGCCUAGAAUGUGGCAUCCUUCGUUUUGGCCGCGCACCGAAACUCGGCGAAGAUCCAGAGACAUUCUUUGACUACUUUCGGUACGACACGCUGCUGGUGUUGAAGUGUUUGGCGAUACAGAUUCGCAGCCCGGCGCUGUUCGGGCAAAUGAUGGACCUGGAAAGCCAUUACGAGGCGCGUAAGAAAACGCACUACUACCGGGACGCCGAGGAGCGAUUGGUUUCCUAUCUGUUCCGGAAUUUCUUAGAGCCCUUGCAGAAGCUGGAGCGCAAAGAAGGCAAGCAGGUGCUGAAGGUGUGCGACAGACAGACACUGCACCAAAUCAGCGGCAUACUGGAGGUGAAUGCAAUGGUUAUUCCGUUGUCAAACGGUCGAGAAAUUUGUGGUCUCUACCCACUCGGCUGUAUGCUGGAGCAUUGCUGCGUGCCGAACUCGUUCUACACGUUCGAUUGCUCGAAGGGCAUGAAGCUAACCUUCAAGGCGGGCAGGCAUAUCGAAAAAGGUGAACAUCUGACCACUACCUACACCCAUUCACUGUGGGGAACACAGCUACGCCGAGCGCAUCUGCAGUUGAACAAGUACUUCGCCUGCCAGUGUGUACGUUGCUCGGAUCCAACGGAACUGGGCACAUUUCUGAGCGCACUGCGAUGCAUGGGAUUGGACGGUGAACCGUGUGGAGGGUUCCAGCUUCCCAUAGACCCGUUGACCGACGCGAGCGACUGGAAAUGUGACCACUGCCCGGUGCAAAUUACCUACGACCAGGUCAACUUCCUAAUGUCCAAGAUUGGUGAAGAAGUCGAUGACGUCAUGGAGCGCAAAUCGUCCGUGAAGGAGUUUGAGGAUCUUAUUCACAAGUUGCUGAAUUUCCUGCACCCGAACCACUUCCAUCUGCUGGCCUUGAAACAUUCGCUUAUCCAAAUGUACGGACACUUCAAGGGACACCAACUGGGAGAGCUUCCUGACGCGUUACUGAAGUCGAAACUGACCAUGUGUCGCGAUAUGAUGCGUAUCAUUGACGUGCUCGAUCCUGAGUCGUUCCGCCUGACGCUGUACGCCGGGGUAAUACUGCUGGAGCAGCAAGCCGCUCUGAUCGAGCAGAAUCGACGCACCCUCCGCCGUACCGACACCGGGAUAGACUUGAAGCAAAACUACAGCGAAGCGCACGGGUGUUUGAUGCGGGCAAAAGAAAUUCUGUACAAUGAAAUGGGCACAAAACAGGGAAAGAAGCUGCUGGAAGAGAUAGACACUGCUCUGGAGCGAAUAAGCGGCGAUCCACUACUAGCAGGAGUUAAUUGAUCACGUUCAAUAAAACGCAACACCGUCGCCAUUAAGCAUUAUCCGAAAGGCGUGAAUAAAAUGUUCUUUAAAUUUAUGUGAUCAUUCUUUGUUUAAUCAAGAAUACAUUUGCGGGUACACAUAGCGCGGAAGUAAUGCUAGGAGAGAACGGAACUAAAAAAUACACGCACACAAACGGGAUAGACUUGCGGUUACGAUUACAGAAACUCAUCUGGUUCACGAGGGGCAUCGAGAUCGCGGUAAUGGAUGACUGGUCGGUAAUCCGGUCCACCCAUUCUGGAAGUAAAGAAAUACAAAACAUAGUUUCAGUAGUUAGAUUCUGAAAUUCUGGACAGCUGGAAGCAUUAGCUACGAGAAU